AGGGAGUGACCAGGGAUGGCUGGCCACGCAGGUGUGGGGGCCCCGCUGUGCUCGGAGCAGUUCGGCUCCCAGGCGGCCCGGAGCUGCUGCGCCGCUGCCGACGGGAGCCUGCAGUGGGAGGCCUGGGGGUGGCGCUGGUGGGGGCGCUCGGGGGCCUUGGGAGGGAAACCCGGAGGGCGAGCCUCGCCCCCCCUCUCCCGUCUCCUGGCCGUGUUCCUGCCCCAGGGCUUCCCGGACAGCGUCAGCGCGGACUACCUGCCCUACCAGCUCUGGGACUCCGUGCAGGCCUUUGCUUCCAGCCUCUCGGGCUCCCUGGCUACCCACGCAGUCUUGCUGGGCAUAGGGGUGGGUAAUGCAAAAGCCUCCGUUUCGGCUGCCACGGCCACCUGGCUGGUGAAAGAUUCAACUGGCAUGCUGGGCCGCAUCAUCUUUGCCUGGUGGAAGGGGAGCAAACUGGACUGUAAUGCCAAGCAGUGGAGGCUUUUUGCUGACAUCCUCAACGAUGUAGCCAUGUUCCUCGAGAUUAUGGCUCCCAUAUACCCAGUGUGUUUCACCAUGACCAUCUGCAUCAGCAACCUGGCCAAGUGCAUUGUGAGCGUGGCUGGCGGGGCCACUCGAGCUGCACUGACCAUGCACCAGGCCCGGAGGAACAAUAUGGCCGAUGUGUCAGCCAAGGAUGGCAGCCAGGAGACGCUGGUAAACCUGGCAGGGCUCCUGGUCAGCCUCUUGAUGCUUCCCCUGGUGUCAGACUGCCCGAGCUUCAGCCUCGGUUGUUUCUUCCUCCUCACCGCCCUCCACAUCUAUGCCAACUACCGGGCAGUGCGAGCCCUGGUCAUAGAGACCUUGAAUGAAGGCCGGCUCUGGCUGGUCCUGAAGCACUUCCUUCAGAGGGGAGAGGUACUUGAUCCCACUUCCGCCAACCAGAUGGAACCGCUGUGGACAGGUUUCUGGCCAACUCUGUCUCUGUCCUUGGGGGUCCCCCUGCAUCGUUUGGUCUCCAGUGUCUUUGAGCUGCAGCAUCUGGUUGAGGGACACCAAGAACCAUACCUUCUUCACUGGGACCAGUCACAAAACCAGGUACAGGUCGUUCUGAGCCAGGUGGCAGGCCCUGAGACCGUCCUAAGGGCUGCCACACACGGGCUGAUACUUGGAGCCCUGCAGGAAGAUGGGCCCCUCCCAAGAGAGCUGGAAAAACUGAGGAACCAAAUACGGGCAGGUCCUAACAAACAGAGCUGGCUCAUCGUCCAGGAGACACACCAAGUGUUGGACCAGCUAUUCCCAAAGUUCUUGAAAGGACUGCAGGAUGUGGGCUGGAAGACUGAGAAGCACCAGCUGGAGGUGGAUGAGUGGAGGGCCACAUGGCUCCUGUCUUCAGAAAAGAAGGUCCUGUGAGCAACCCAGAUGGAGGGCCAGGUCCCCGGCUAAGAGCGGGAAGCAAGAACACUGGCUAUGGCAGGACAUGAGAAAGGCAGCUUUAUUUUUGUGGGGGAAACUGCUGGCCAUGGCCUCACAGGAGGUAGCUACCAGGUGGAUAGGUUGGGCCCCAGGCAGAGACAAGGCAGAGAGAAGGGGAACCACGGCCUUCCUCUUGCCUUCCUGCCCCACUUCAUUCUCACCAAUGUGGGCUCUCCAGCCCCUCGUUGUGAGGCUGAGCCCUGCCCCCGCUGUGGUCCCAGUGCCUCAACACAGUUGGCCUCAGGCAUAAAAGCCCCAGAGGAACGUGGCCACGGCCAUCAUGAGCAGGGCGUUGAAGUUGACCACACGAGCCCAGCUCGGGUCCUCACUGAUGUCUUCCAGCCGCCUGGCUGCUGCAGCCGCCUCCUCCUGGGUAGGGGGUGGGGAACCACCUGCCCCACCCCUGCUCAUUCCACAGAACCAGAGCAGGCACUGGCGGAGCAGGCCUGGUGCCUGGGAUUGGGGCUCUGGGAAAACUGAAGCCCUACAGUUAGUCUGAGGGAACUUGGCUCCCCAGCUCCUUAGCCCCACCUCCUGGGCAGUGCCUCACCCUCCAUGUCCACUGCAUGCUCCGGACGCCCAUUCUGUACAGGGGAUGAAGCCGGACCUUCUCGCUCAUCAACAUCCAGGUCCUCCCGCUCCUCUUUGCUGUGCCGGAGACUGAAAACCAGGCGGUGGAGCUGGGGAAAGGCGGGAGCAGGGACCAAAUGGCAGUUCUGCUCCCCAACCCCAGAUCCUGAUGUCUCUUGUCCACACUGGCCCUUCCUAGCCUCCCUCUGUCCAGCCUGUAUACCCAGCCCAGGCUCAGCUCACUCAAACAUGACCUGUGGCUGCCCUUUGCCCUCAGGUUAAACCCAAGCCCCUCAGAUGGGUGUUUAAAGCUCUUGGCCCAGCUUCAUCACCCCAAGUCUCCAGUCUGUGCUUAAAAUUAUAGUACUUUAGACUCCAGUCUUACAGUCCUGCUAACACAGGGUUCCUUCCUGUGGGUAUUUGCUCCUAUUUCCUCCUGUUGCCUUUCCCCCCACUUCUCCACUUGUGGAACCCUGCCCAUCCUUCCAGCCCCCCAGUCAGCCCUGUCCUGGGGCACUUGCCAUGCAGUGGAACAAGACCAACCCCCUUUGUGGGCUUUCAGGAAAGUGCCCUGUCCCUCUCAGCCACCAAUCAGAGCCUGUGUUUUGAGUCCAAAGGGCCAUGUCAAGGAGUUUGGGGGCUUUAAUCACUUCCCCUACCAUCUUCAAGCUACCUCCCCCAAACCAUCUCAAAUAAAUGUCAUUAUU